AUGAUAUCGUGUCGACGGCUAUUCAGCAAUUCUGCCAUACAUUUACAUGAAAAUCCUCUAGGUCUUCCCAGACAGAAAACUGUGCCUCCGCAAAUUCCACGGAGAACGGGUCCCCCAGCGAAGAGAGGUAUACCCAAUGUCAAAAAGGUCCUUGCAGUUGCUAGCGGAAAGGGAGGUGUAGGGAAGAGCACAGUCACUGUAAACCUCGCAUUCGCACUGGCAAUGCUUCCAUCGCGUCUACGAGUCGGUAUUCUUGAUCUGGACAUAUUCGGACCGUCAAUACCCACACUUAUGGGUCUAGUUCAUGCGGGAGAGCCUCAUCUCACUGAAUCUGGUGCACUCCUGCCUGUAACCAACCACGGACUAUCCACGAUGUCAAUGGGGUACCUCUUACCAAAAGGCAUCGAUACAGCAGUAGUAUGGCGGGGGCUGAUGGUGCAGAAAGCUGUACAGCAGCUGUUAUUCGACGUGGAUUGGACUGGGGGAAGUGGUGGACACGGACUGGACAUUCUGGUGGUAGAUAUGCCGCCUGGAACUGGCGAUGUCCCAUUAACACUCGGACAGCUGGUUAAUGUUGAUGGCGACAAGGAAACUGAUGUGAAAGUAGGUUCCGUUAUCGUAUCGACGCCGCAAGACGUCGCUCUAACAGACGUGAAGAAGGGGAUUUCAAUGUUUCGCAAAGUUUCAGUACCUGUGACCGGUCUCAUACUGAAUCAGUCUCAUUUCAUCUGCGGAAACUGCUCGACACCUCAUUACCUCUUUGGUUCGCCGGACAGAUUUCAUGAAGCUGCAAAGCAGAUGGAGGUGGAUGUACUCGCCGAGCUCCCUUUAGUUCCGGGUGUGAGCAAAGAUGGAGAUUCAGGAAUACCGUAUGCAUUGAGUGGGUGGAAUGAGAAUGAAGUGGGAGGAAAGAUUUGGAAUGAGGCGAUGAAAGGUGUAGCAGAAAAAGUCUGGGCGACAUUGCAGCGACCCCCAUCACAUGUUACACUUUGAGGAGCAAUUUCCGUGCUUGAUGGACAGUUAUGGACAGUUGGAUUUGUGAGAAUAUUCUUGAUUUUUUUGCUCGACAAUAUACACAUUUCACGCAAGGUAAUUAUCCCCUCGCGUCGGCCUGGUAUCAUCAAUAAGUAAUCUAUAUAUUAGUAAAGUUAUUACUGCUCCUUUUUGUUGCCCUUUAACUGGACCUCCAGUAGCGGGUCAAGGCUCUUUUCCGGCUGUCGGUAAGAAUUGCCGACCC